AUGUCUGUUUAUGGGCUGGAGUCUUCAAAUGAACUGGAGUCUGAAUAUGUGCUGGAGUCUGAAAAUGGGCUGGAGUCUGAAAAUGGGCUGGAGUGUGAAAAUGGACUGGGAUCUAAAAAUGGGCUUGGGUCUGAAAAUAGGACUGGAAAUGGACUGGAGUCUAAAAAUUGGCUGGUGUCUGAAUAUGGGUUUGGGUCUGAAAAUGAGGUGGAGUCUGAAAAUGGGCUGGAGAAUGAAAAUGGGCUGGAGUCUAAAUAUAGGGUGGAGUCUGAAAAUGAGCUGGAGUCUAAAUAUAUCCCGGAGUCAGAAAAUGAAUUUGGGUCUGAAAAUGAGCUGGAGUCUGAAAAUGAGCUGGAGUCUGAAUAUGGGUUUGGGUCUGAAAAUGAGUCUGUAAAUGGACCGGAGUAUGAAUAUGGGGUGGAGUCUGAAAAAGGACUGAUGACUGAAAAUGGGCUGGAGUAUGAAAAUGGACUGGAGUAUGAAAAUGGGCUAGAGUUUGAAUAUGGGCAACAGUGUGAAAAUAGGCUGCGGUCUGAAAAUGGGCUGAAAUCUCAAUAUCAGCUGGAGUCUGACAAUGAGUUGGAGUCUAAAAAUGUUUUGGGGUCUGAAAAUGGGCUGGAGUCUGAAUAUGGGUUGGAGUCUGAAAAUGGGCCAGAAUCUGAAAAAGACUUGAAAAUGUCUGAAAAUGGGCUGGAAUCUGAAAAUUGGGUAGAAUCUGAAAAUCGGCUGGAGUCUGGAAAUGGGCUGGAGUAUGAAUAUGGGCUGGAGUCUGAAAAAGGACUGGUGACUGAAAAUGGGCUGGAGUAUGAAAAUGGACUGGAGUCUGAAAAUGGGCUAGAGUUUGAAUAUGGGCAGCAGUCUGAAAAUAGGCUGCAGUCUGAAAAUGGGCUGAAAUCUCAAUAUUGGCUGGAGUCUGACAAUGGGUUGGAGUCUAAAAAUGGUCUGGGGUCUGAAAAUGGGCUGGAGUCUGUAUAUGGGUUGGAGUCUGAAAAUGGCUCAGAAUCUGAAAAAGAUUUGAAAAUGGAAUGGGGUCUGAAAAUGGGCUGA